GCAAAGUAUGCUCUCGUGUCUCCUCGAUUAUCCAUCCUCCGAUCAAUCCCCUCUUUCCUCUCUCCUCUCUCCUCCAGCAGAGUUAAGAGAUUUGGGACGCAACUUAGAAUGGCGGGUCAGUAAUUACUUCCGGUUCGGCGGAGGAGCAAGGAGACUGAAGUUAAGAGCUUUUAAAACCACCCCAGCUGUCUGCCUGUCUUGAGUUUUGCUUCACUCUGAGGGACAUGGCUUCUUGUUCAGAGGAGGAUCUGUGCUGCUCUGUCUGCCAUGACAUCUUCAAACAUCCUGUGAUUCUGUCAUGUAGCCACAGCUUCUGUAAAGCCUGUCUGCAGAGCUGGUGGACACAGAAACAGACCCAGGAGUGUCCAGUCUGUAAGAGCCCUUCAAAGUUUGAACCUCUUUGUAACUUGGUGUUGAAGAAUCUGUGUGAGGCCUUCUUACUGCAGAGAGAUCAGAGAGCUUCAUCAGACUCUGAGGCUCUCUGCAGUCUGCACUCUGAGAAACUCAGACUGUUCUGUCUGGAUCAUCAGCAGCCAGCGUGUGUCGUCUGCAGAGACUCUAAAAAACACAUCAACCACACAUUCAGACCCAUCGAUGAAGCUGCUCCAGAUCUCAGGGACCAGCUCCAGGAAUUCCUGAAACCCUUAAAGAAGAAACUGCAGCGCUUUAAAAAAGUAAAACGAGACUGGAAUGAAACAGGAAAACACAUCAAGGUCCAGACUGCAGACACAGAGAGGAAGAUAAAGGAGCAGUUUAAGAAGCUUCACCAGUUUCUAGAAGAGGAAGAGGAGGUCAGAAUCUCUGCACUGAGGGAGGAAGAGGAGCAGAAGAGUCAGAGCAUGAAGGAGGAGAUGGAGGCUGUGAGCAGAGAGAUAGUAGCUCUUUCAGACACAGUCAGAGCCACAGAGGAGGAGCUGAGAGCUGCAGACCUCUCAUUCCUGAAAAACUACAAGGCUGCAGGGGAAAGAGUCCAGCAGUGCCCCCUGCUGGAGGAUCCACAGCUGCCCUCAGGAGCUCUGAUAGAUGUGGCUAAACACCUGGGCAACCUGAGCUUCAACAUCUGGAACAAGAUGAAGGACAUGGUCUCCUACAGCCCUGUGAUUCUGGACCCAAACACUGCUGGUUCGGAACUCAUCCUGUUUGAAGAUCUGACCUGUGUGAGAGGAGAAGAAGAGGAGACACAGCAGCUUCCUGAUAAUCCAGAGAGGAUUGAUGGAUGUGGCUGUGUCCUGGGCUCUGAGGGCUUCAACUCAGGGACUCACAGCUGGGAUGUCGAGGUUGGAGAGAACAAAGACUGGGAAGUGGCUGUGUGUGAGGAGUCUGCAGACAGGAAGAGAAACAUUCACUCUGGAUUUUGGAGAAUAGUGUUUGAUGAUGAUGUAUACAGAGCAUACACCCCGUCAGAUGAGUUUGUUGAUCUGUCAGAGAGAGGACCUCCUCAGAGGAUCAGAGUUAAUCUGGACUGGGACAGAGGAAAGCUGUCAUUCUCUGAUCCUGACACCAACACACACAUACACACCUUCACACACACUUUCACUCACAAGAUGUUUCCGUGCAUUUGUAUUAUUGAUGAUUCACAUCCUCUGAAGAUAUUACCAGUGAAGGUCUCUGUAUCAGUGAAACAAUAAAGGUAGAUAAUGAAGGUAAUGAUGAAGAAGAAGAUGUUUCCUCUGCUCAAAGUGUAAAUAUGGACAUUAACACGUGUAUUUAGAACAGUUUGCAUGGAGCUUUUUCAAACAGCAUGUAGACAGCUUUUGUGUGAUGGAUUUAAAGAGCUGAUUGUUUGCUGUGUGAGGAAAUCACAACAAUUCUGUGAUUGAUAAGCCAAUGAGUAUGUGUAAUAAAAUGUAGUGAUUAUA